AUGGACAAUAAACGCAAAAGGACUUCUGACGACGACGGGGACCACGUCCAAAAGAAGUCUAAACAACCUAUUGUUACAGAAGGUAUAAAUGGUACAUCAUCGUCUGAGAUGACUGAUUAUGAAAUAAUGUCGUUGAUGAUGCCAAAUGGUUUGCCCGCGAAUCGUACAGAAAAUCCGGAACAAAACCCGAGGGUUCAUCGUGUAUGCACCGGUCAAUCCGUGCAAGGCGAAUUCAGCGGUAAUCGAACCGAAAUCAUGGUGUGGGAUAGUAAUGAUGCCGCCAUUGUACAUAAUUCGGACAAUGAGACGGCACCAACAACAACUGUCAACAUUAUUUCGUCCGAUGAUGAAAUGAACGACGGAGACACGACAUGCUUCGAAAAUCCAAUGGGCUCAAUAGAAAGUACUUCGAUUAGCCAGCAGCAGCAGCAAUUUUUCACACAUCCCGUAUUCUAUAACCAUAAUUUGAAUGUAAUAGAUUUAACAUCCGAAGAUGAUGUUAUAUAUUCAGAUUAUUCUAUUGAAAAUUAUGAAGAUAUUGAUGAAAACCUUUUAGAGCUGCAGCAGCACCAAAUUAUCACACAUCCCGUAUUCUAUAACCAUAAUUUGGAUAUAAUAGAUUUUACAUCCGAAAAUGAUGUUAUAAAUUCGCAUUAUGCUAUUGAAAAUGACGAAAAUAUUGAUGAAAAUCUUUUAGAGCUGCAGCAGCACCAAAUUUUUACACAUCCCAUAUUCUAUAACCAUAAUUUGGAUGUAAUAGAUUUUACAUCCGAAAAUUAUGUUAUAAAUUCGCAUUAUGCUAAUGAAAAUGACGAAGAUAUUGAUGAAAAUCUUUUAGAGCUGCAGCAGCAGCAAAUUUUCACACAUCCCGUAUUCGAUAAUCAUAAUUUGGAUGUAAUAGAUUUUACAUCCGAAAAUGAUGUUAUAAAUUCGCAUUAUGCUAUUGAAAAUGACGAAGAUAUUGAUGAAAAUCUUUUAGAGCUGCAGCAACACCAAAUUUUCGCACAUCCCGUGAUUGAUAACCGUAACAUGGUCGUAAUAGAAUUAUCAUCAGAAGAUGAUAUUGAUAUUUUUAUAAAUUCGUAUCAUUCAAUUGAAAAUGAUGAAACCCGUUUAGAAACAUGCUUCGAAAAUCCAAUGGACUUGCAGCAGCAAAUUUUCGGACAUCCCGUUCUCUAUAACCAAUACGAUAGCUUGGAUGUAAUAGAAUUAUCAUCAGAAGAUGAUAUUUAUAUUAAUUUUGUUAUAAAUUCGAAUAAUUCAAUUGAGAAUGACGAAGAGAUGAUUAAUGAAACCCAAUUAGAGACGAUCCCUGAAGAAUCAGUUAACUCGAUACCACUAAGGAUUUCGAUUGAUGAACAGCAACAGCUCACAUUGCUCGAUAGCAAUAAUUUGAACGUAAUAGAUUUAACAUCAGAAGAUGAUGAUAUAAAUUCGCAUUAUUCAGUUCAAAAUUACCAAGAUAUUGAUGAAACCCGUUUAGAGACGAUCCCUGAAGAAUCAGUUAACUCGAUACCACUAAGGAUUUCGAUUGAUGAACAGCAACAGCUCACAUUGCUCGAUAGCAAUAAUUUGAACGUAAUAGAUUUAACGUCAGAAGAUGAUGACGAUACAAAUUUGUAA